ACACAAAGAGUUUUGAUUUUAUUUUUCUACUUCAUGAAAACAAAAUGACAAGUUAUACUACAUGGUUAUUACAGACACUAAAUCACGUUAAAGCCAGUGCAGUAUAGAACAGUACUACAAUCAUAAUAUCUAUUUGAAGAUUAAAUAUGUACAGUUAUUUUUAAAAAGCCAAAAAACACAGAAGUAGAAUACAUUAGUGAUUAAAUAGAAGAUUAUACAGUCUAUAUAGCAGCUUCUUUCAUGUACAACUACUACUUUUAACUAGCAGCAACUUUGUCUAAUGACUGUUAGACAGUUUAUACUUUCAAUCAGUAGAUGUUUUCUUCCAAUAUUUCUUAUAGACAGGUAGAUGUCUGAUCACAUUAGCAAAAACUGAAGUUCUAUUUAAAUCUUUAUUGAUAAUUAUAGAAGUAAUUAACAUGUCACCACCUAAAAGUUAUCCUGCUUAUACAGUUGACUGGUAAUUCUAGCGGAAUCUUUUUUAUUUAUUUACUUUAUUUUUUUGGAUUAGGAAGAACAAAACAGAGUGUGUGCCUUGCUAUAUAUUUUUCUCCUCCAUUAUAGACUAUGAAUGCAUGGAAGUUUCCAGGAGGCCUGUCAGACCCAGGAGAAGACAUUGGAGACACAGCAGUUCGAGAGGUUUUUGAAGAGACUGGCAUUAAGUCAGAAUUCAAGUCCCUCUUAAGCAUAAGGCAGCAACACAGGCACCCCGGAGCCUUUGGGAUAUCAGAUAUGUAUAUCAUCUGUCGCCUGCAGCCUUCCUCAUUCAACAUCAGCUUCUGCCAGCAAGAGUGCAUGAGGUGCGAAUGGAUGGAUCUUGAGGAACUUGCCAAGACCAGAGAGGCUACUCCCAUUACCAGCAGUGUAGCUAAACUGCUCCUUUAUGGAUACAGAGAAGGGUUUGAUAAAAUUGAUAUUACCAUGAGAGAAUUUCCAGCUGUUUACAAAGGCUUAUUUUAUAAGCUGUACCACAGGGAACUUCCAGAUACUUAUAAAAUCACAACAGAAUUGUAAUAAGCUUCACAUUUUACUAAAUGAAUAAUUUAGAAUGGAUAUGUUUAAAUUUUGGACUUACUUGUACCAGAUUAAAAAUAUUCCUGGACUUUGUGCUUGCUAAAA